GAUCGGCAGCAGCAAAACUCCUCGUUGGUCUGAGGGGAGGAUCACACACUGAAACUUGAUACAUGUGCCUAUGAUGAACUAUUCUCCUCGUGAGUUUAUCCUGAUCGCUCAGUCCAUGUGUGAGAGAAUCGGCUGUGCAUGGAGAUAUCCCGCGAGCCAAUUAUUUCUGGAUUUUUUUAGAGGAUAGACUGAAAGAAUUAUAUCGUUUCACAGUCCUGAUCACAUGAUGCUUGACGUACUUUAUUAUUACUUUAUUCUUAAUCUCCUUUGAGAAUAGCUCUAACCGGUUGGACUGAGGUUUUAAAGCAAUGGAUCCUGUAACAAGGUGGACACCAAAACAGGUUGUUGAAUGGAUGAGAGGUCUGGAUGACAGCCUAAAACAGUAUGUGCACAACUUUGAGAGAGAGAAGAUUAAUGGAGAACAGCUACUGAAGAUCUCACAUCAGGACCUUGAGGAACUGGGCAUUGUCCGCAUUGGCCACCAGGAACUGGUUUUAGAGGCUGUAGAUCUACUCUGUGCUCUGAACUAUGGUGUGGAGACAGACAACUUGAAGAACCUGAUGCUAAAGAUGAGAGCUGUGACCAGCAGCCUUCACACUGCAACAUCAGAACGAAGGAAGAGCCCUACAUAUGAAAGCAACACGUCUAGCAAGCUCCCAAAUCAAUUCCUCUCCUCUGUGGUUGAACUUAUUGGAGCAGCCAAAAGUCUCCUGGCAUGGCUGGACAGAACUCCACUGACAGAGGUCAGUGAUUUUACCUCCACCAAGAACAAAAUCAUUCAGUUGUGUUUGGAACUGACAACUACAGUACAACAGGACUGCACUGUCUAUGACAUGGAAGAGAAUAUUUUGGAUGUUUCAAAUGUGUUGAACAGUAUUUGUGACCAGACUGUGAGAACCACCUCGGAUCCUCUAAUGAGCCACUCAGCAUGUCUGGAAGAAGUUCAGCUGACCAACAUCAAACCAGAAGAGGGAUUGGGCAUGUACAUAAAAUCCACCUUCGAUGGACUUCAUGUCAUCACUGGCACCACUGAACAUUCCCCAGCUGAUGUGACAUGCAAGAUCCACGCUGGAGAUGAAGUCAUCCAGGUCAACCAGCAGACAGUGGUGGGUUGGCAGCUGAAGAACCUGGUGGCCAAGCUGAGAGAGGACCCUAAAAGUGUGGUGCUUCUUUUAAAGAAAAGGCCCACAGGAACCUCAGGAUUUACCCCAGCACCUCUCAAAAACAUGCGCUGGAAAGCACCCGUGCCUCAGAGCUUCACGUCUCCUAGUAAGAGUCAGUCAGACAAUUCUGUCAAACUCUGCAGUAGGAAGGACAAGCCAGCCAUACUGGACCUGUACAUCCCACCACCUCCAUCAGUGCCUUACACACCACGGGAAAUACAGAACAGCUCAUACACAAGCCUUAAUGCCAGACCUAAAGGUUCGGAGUCCCCAAACUCCUUCCUGGACCUGGAGCGCCAACGACACUUCACUAUUGCCGACUAUGACAAACUGUCUAUUCAACCAGUUGAGGUCAAUGUACAGAUGCGUCCUAGAGGAAGAUCCUCAUCACAAGGUAAACCACGACCUCUGUCAAUGCCUUCAGAUACAUGUUUGAGCGUGGCAGACCUGUAUGCAAAGCCCUGGACACAGGGGCAAAAAGGUGAAGAUCUUCUGUACAGAUACCUAAGCAACGAACGCAUACCAACUAUCGCUGAGGAGGCCCCGGGCCCCAGCUCGUCUAACAAGUUCACAGCCGAAAGACCUGCUCAUGGGAUCGACUACUCGAGGAACAGCCGGUUUCUUGUCAGUGCAGAUCUACACAACAGCGCCACCAUACCUUAUCAAGAGGACAUAAUCAAAAAGACCCCCAACCGGCCCUCCGCGGAGCCCUCACUACUGGAUCCCGACUGGACCUCCAACAACGCAUUCAUCAACAGCAGGUACAGCAACGGUGCCAUGCGGUCCUGGUCAUUCUCUCAAGCAGCGUGCUUUCCCAUUUCCCUGGCUCCUCGUAUGGCUUCUGAUGAGUACAAUCCAGUGUCCCUCAGACUGAAGUCAAAGAAGAAGAAUUGUAGAGGAAGUCCUAGAAUGAGCAGAAGGAGAGUUUCAGUGAAAGAUUUGGACCCAGUGGACCAUCAGGGCUGGCUUUAUAGGAAGAAAGAGGGGAAGGGAUUUCUGGGUAUUAAGUGGAAAAAGUAUUGGUUCGUGCUAAAGAGAACAUCUCUGUACUGGUACACAAAUGAAGUGGCUGAAAAAGCAGAAGGCUUUAUAAAUUUGACUGAUUUUGUAAUUGACCGGGCGAUGGAAUGUAAGAAAAAAUAUGCAAUCAAAGCUUGCCACCACAAAGUCAUGAUGUUUUACUUUGCAGCAGACAGCAAUGAGGACAUGAACUUAUGGCUGAAUAAACUUGGUCUGGCAUCUAUUCGGUAUGAACCCACAGAGGCUCAAACAGCUGAAUGCUACAGUGAAGCCAGUGAUCACGAGGAGUCCACUGAAACUCCUCCACCGCCGUACUCCGAGCACUACACCCAAGCUGUAGCAAAUGCCAGUGGUCCAUUAGCCACAGUGCAUCAGGGAAGCAUUCCUCCUCAAUAUUCCUCUCCUGUUCCUGGUGAAACUACUGGAACCCUCUCCUCUCCUGUCAGUACAAUGACAUCCCACAGCUCUGUCUCAUCUCUGGCUAAGCAUAGACGAUCUUGGCUAGACUUUGUCUCCCAGGCAACACCUACUGCUGGUGAAACUGUGGUCUGCUCUGCUUUGGUCCAUACAAUGAGCACUACAAUAAAGGAAACCUCACAACAUAGUGAAACCAUAGCUCCAUCUCAAGACUCCCUUGGAGGCUCAUCCAACACAUCACCUAUGGCUAUAUCCACAGAGCCAGAGGAACCAGAAACACAGCUGAUCUUAACUGACACCAGAUCUGAAAUUCUAGAUGGACAGGAAGGAACUUAUGAUGAGAUGGAAAGAUUGUACUUACAUUUGAAAAGAGCGAGUUUGUCUCCAACGGGUGAGCGGAAGCCAUCAUCAAAAUGGGAAUUACGAGCCUCAUUUAUAAAGCGUUCCAAAAACCAGACACUCAAUGUGAAGAUACAUCUCAUCAGAACUCUCAACAGCACGCUAAAGAAUAAAUGUACACAGUGCACACCCAUAUAUUGCGUAAACUUUGUCCAAUCAACAAAGAAAUGGUUUCCCAUGGGGACAGGGAGCAGCUGGCGGACUUGAACUUUGCAGAUGACGUUGCACUACUGGCUCCCACCCGACCAGGCUUGGCAAUCAUUAUGAUGGCCUUGGAGCGGGAUUCAGCAAAGAUCGGGCUUCGAAUCAGUGGCUCAAAAACCAAAAUCAUGUACUUUGGAUUUGCCCCCGGAUAAGUACCUGUAACCAUCUACAGUACCAACAGCGAAUAGAAGAGGUCGAUCGAUUUACCUACCUGGGCAGCGUCAUGUCGGUAGACAGCGACACAGACCACAAUGUUGUCUACGGUACUAGAAAUGUUGCAAUGGUUAUGUGAUGCCUCCAACCACUUUGGUCUCAUGAACACCAUUGCCCUUGAGACCAAGGUAUGGCUGCUAAGCUCCAGCAUCAUUCCAACUUCCACCUAUGCCAGCGAAACUUGGAAAAUUACAGCAAAAACCAUAAGCCGUUUUAACCCUCUGAGGUCUAAGGGUAUUUAUGGGGUCUGGAGAAGUUUUGUCAUGCCCUGACAUUUGUGUUUUUAUCAGUUGCUUACAAACAUCUAAAUGGCUAAAGUCUAAUAUCACUGUAAUCAGCACAAAUUGGGCUAUAAUAAUAUGCAAGCAGCAUGUAUGUACAUGAUUGUGUUUUUGAAGGGAAUUUUUUUUUUAUGUGUGGUUAAUGAAAAAAAAAAUUACUUUAAAAAUGUUAAAUCACUUGAAUAAGGCCAUAAAACACAUACAGAACAUUGGUUUCCGGGCUUUUGAGAACUGGUAGCCUAGAAUUUUUAUUUCUAAAUGAUGUGAAAAUCCUCUUGUUUACUCACUCACAGAAAACAAUAUAUUGAUUUAAAUUUUCUAAGACACUUUUUGUUCAUAAAAGUCAUAUGCGAGUAGGUGUCAACUAUCAUGAAUAUCAUUGUGAUAUACAUCUGAGAAGAUAAAGGCCCGCAUAAUGAGCUGCAAAAUGAGCCUUUCAGUCAGCUGUGUGACUGAGAGGGCAGAGUUAAAAGAAAGAACGUGAGGACAAAAUAGUUUAUUUAGAAUAUAUUUAAUUAUCCCACAACAUAAUUUAAUAUUCACUUGCAAGUGCAGUUAAACAGUUUAUUAGGAAAAAUCAAAGCUGACUUUUAUAACUGAUUUUUUUUUUUUCAUCAUUACGCCAGUCACACAAUCCUUCAGAAAUCCUUUUAACAAUCUGAAUCUUUUGAAUGGUAUAGUAGUGUAUAUUGUUAUUGAAACUUCAUAAUGUUUCACUUGAUUAUACAUUUAUUCAGGAAUUAUAGGUUGGAAAAACUAGUACAAAAUAUAUAUAUAUAUAUAUAUAUAUAAAAUAGACUUACUCAUGUUUAUGAUCUCUGCUGAAUAAAGCGAUUCAUUCUUUUUUUCUGAGGAAAUCUCAAAUCCUGAGAUAAUCCACAUCACAUCUUUUUGGGGUGAAUUAUGUCUAAUUCUUCUCAUCGCGAAGCAAACAGUCAAAUAAAAAAAAAACUUGAACAGUCUCACUACGUUGUGUUCUGUAUGGGCGUAUUCAAGCCGCGUGCUUCAGUAACACACAUUAUAAUCUCAAAAGCAAGUGGGCAUGGUCACAUUAGAAGAAAAUGAAGGGAAACGAGAAAACGGUCAUUGCUUUGUUUUCAUAUGGAUUAUUUUAUCACAGAAUAUUUGUUUUCGGAAGUACUUGUUUAGUUUAAAAGUAGACAUGUCAAGCUUUCUAUAGAUAUAUCUCUCAUGUCUCUUCGUUGAGUAUUCACUGAGUUACAGUUUUUAUGAGUUUACAUUUUAAUGACGUAUUUCUAAAUGAAGAUCACCGCAGAAAAAGGCUUCAGACAGCACACCUUGUUUGUUAUCUUUAUUUCAUAAAUGCACAAAUUUUUUUAGUUAUUAUGUCUGUAUACAAAAAAGUAGACCCUUUAAAGAUUCGAUUGAUGUAUGGCUCUUAUCUGUACGAUCAAAACUUGACGAUCAAACGUGUAAUUUAAGUUCUUUUCGGGGUUAUCAGGAGAAAAUGACUCAAAACACGUAUACACGUUAAUCGACUUCAAAGGGUUAAUACGUUACAACAACGAUGCCGUAGGUGUAUCCUGAAGAUCACAUAUCAAGAUCGGGUGACUAACGAGUAAGUGCAUUGUGUCCACUAACAAAUAUUGUGCUCGAGCUUCGAAUGCAGUUUGCCAGACACAUUCUCAGGCAGCCGCCAACCAGUUUCCCACGAAUGGCCAUGCUUUGGAACCCCCAGCAAGGAAGGAGGAAGCAAGGACACCACAAGAUCACGUGGCGGAAAACAUUCAUUGAGGACCUGAUAUAUUUUGGAGCAAAAUAAUGAAUCGGCGAAACAACUUUUUAUUUUUUAGGCGUGUGCAGGAAAUGGGCUACAGAGAAGCAGAACUGGACUGUUGCUCAGUGGUCCAAAUUACUUUUUUCGGAUGAAAGCAAAUUUUGCAUGUCAUUCGGAAAUCAAGGUCUGGAGGAAGACUGGGGAGAAGGAAAUGCCAAAAUGCCUGAAGUCCAGUGUCAAGUACCCACAGUCAGUGAUGGUCUGGGGUGCCAUGUCAGCUGCUGGUGUUGGUCCACUGUGUUUUAUCAAGGGCAGGGUCAAUGCAGCUAGCUAUCAGGAGAUUUUGUAGCACUUCAUGCUUCCAUCUGCUGAAAAGCUUUAUGGAGAUGAAGAUUUUGUUUUUCAGCAUGACAUGGCACCUGCUCAUAGUGCCAAAACCACUGGUAAAUGGUUUACUGACCAUGGUAUUACUGUGCUCAAUUGGCCUGCCAACUCUCCUGACCUGAACCCCAUAGAGAAUCUGUGGGAUAUUGUGAAGAGAAAGUUGAGAGACGCAAGACCCAACACUCUGGAUGAGCUUAAGGCCGCUAUCGAAGCAUCCUGGGCCUCCAUAACACCUCAGCAGUGCCACAGGCUGAUUGCCUCCAUGCCACGCCGCAUUGAAGCAGUCAUUUCUGCAAAAGGAUUCCCGACCAAGUAUCGAGUGCAUAACUGAACAUAAUUAUUUGAAGGUUGAUUUUUGUGUAUUAAAAACACUUUUCUUUUAUUGGUCGGAUGAAAUAUGCUAAUUUUUUUGAGAUAGGAAGUUUGGGUUGUCAUGAGCUGUAUGCCAAAAUCAUCAGUAUUAAAACAAUAAAAGACCUGAAAUAUUUCAGUUAGUGUGCAAUGAAUCUAAAAUAUAUGAAAGUUUAAUUUUUAUAAUUAAAUUGUGGAAAUAAUGAACUUUUAUCACAAUAUGUUAAUAUGUUAUAAGGACCUGUAUAUUGGUGAGCAGACCUUAAAUUCAUCAAGUAUUCCCUGCGCCAAUGAGUCCAAAAUUAGUUUAACAGCCUCUGACUGUAUUUUCAUCUUUUUGUCAAGGUCUCUUGACUCUGAGCAGUUGGAUGAGUAAUGCAAUGGUUUUGGGUGGGAAAGAUGUAAGUCUUUUGCUGACCAGAAAAUGAGCAGGAGUCGGUGGCUGAAGUUUCAUUCAUUUUGUUGUGAAUGUAAGUUAGGGGUCUUGAAUUUAGCACAUAAUCCACUUCAGUUAACAUGGUAGCUAACUCUUCAAAAUUGUAUCAAGGUUUUCCCCAAGAUUUCCCUAAGAAUCCACAACAUGUUCCCAGAAACUGCCCCACCAGACUGCUUCAAAUAGGUAAUUCCAGGUUAUUCCUCUUUCAGCAGAGAAAAUUCCCCUCCUUGCAAUGAGCCUCUUUAAUGCUAAAAGGACGUUCUCUGUACUCAAAUUUAUGGCCCUAGUGACUGCACAAAUGCCAUAAAACUGGUAUUCGCCAUGAGCAGCCCAGCAAAAUCCACACCAGUGGUUUCAAAUGGGGGUGAUUCAAUGACUCUGUCUCUCAAAAGGGUGCAGUAGCCUGUUGUGCUGGUUAAGCCUUAAACCUCUUGUAGACGGGACACCUUCCGAUUAUUUGCUCAACAAGCUGUCUACCCUUUAAGAUCCAGAAUCUGUCUCUGACCUGAAUGAGCAUAUCUCUUAUACCUGAAUGCAAAACCUUCUCAUGACACUUUUGAAUCAACAAUUCACAAUACCUGUGUUUAUACUUUAGCAUCCAUGGGUUCUGCUCUCUAAAUUUGAGAUCAGAUAGCUGCAGCCUUCCUCCCACACUGAUCAGGCCUUUCUCAUCAAGGAAUGGUAUAAGUUAUUUGAUCUUUGAGUUUUUUUGUACACUCUGUCCUUCCCUGAGCGAUUUAAUUUCUCUUUCAAAUGUAUCCGCUUGAGUAACUCUGACCCAAUACACUUCAGCUGCCAUUAACUCUUCUGCAGAAAGUUCUCCAGGGUUCUUUAUGCUUGAGCGUGUAUUAGUGAGGAAUCUUUUUACCCAUGCUGUUAUUCUGAGAACAGUACUGAAUUUACUGUAUCUGCAUAGAUCAAGCAACAUCUCUUUUGUGUCUGCUGCUGAACUGUACUGUGAAUUGGAAUUUAGAUCUGAGUUUUGCGUUUACCUCUUCUUCUGGAAGCUCUUCUUCUGCUGAGACUUCUGGAUUCACUGACUUUAGAAAUUUGGGUCCAUUCCACCACAUCUGAUUAUCAAUCAAACUGUUGACUUAUUGUCCUCUUGUUGGCAGGUCUGUUGGAUUAUGUUUGCCAUCACAGUGUGACCGUGAUUCGGGUUUAGUGAGGUUUUGAAUCUCUGUCACUCGAUUUGCCACAAAAGGCUUCCAUUUACGCACCGAACUAUGGGUCUAGUUCAAGACUAUCAUUGAGUCUGUCCACAUAUGAAGAUGGUUUUCUGAUCUUUAGAACCUUUAACAGAUUAUGGGCUAGCCAAAGAUCACAUUAGCUCCAGUUGAGGAAGCAUCAAUUUAUUUAGUGAAGCAACUCUGGACUUUGAGGCUACCAGAGUUUAAAUAAUUUCUGCAGUCUUACUCUUGACUUGCAGAUAUCUAAAUGCACAGUAAAUUCUUUCAUUUGCAUCGCAAAAGACAUAUAGCCUGACUGUCUCUCCUUGAUGAUUUGUCAAGAUGUGAUACUAUCUAGGUAUAGCCACGAGGUGUAGCUGUGGCAACUCAUCACACCACUGUUUCCAUUUGUGGGUUAAAUCUGGGGGUAGUUCUUCAUCCCACUUUUAGACCUCGCUCACACAUUUCCUGAAACAGACAUUUUACAUGGAUUGUAUAUGGUAUUAGGAAACAUAUUGGAUCAAAUUUAUGUGAUGAGAUUUGAAGAACACUCCUCUUAGUACUCUCUUUCCUUUCCAGAACAUCCAGCACUUGCCACAAGUCAAACACAAAAUCGUCAUGGUCAUGCCUCCAUUUCAGUCCCAACACUUUCAAUGCAGUGUUGAGUGUCUCUGAAUCUGCUGGGCUUUCAUUCUGUUUUUUGUAAAUUUUGUUCUUAGGUCAGAGUAGUUGGUCAUCCAUUUCCAUAGCUCCAUUCCUGCAGCAGACAAGAUGGCAUUUGCUUGUGUUGAGAUAAAACAAGCUUCAUCCACAUUAGACAAGCUCACAAUGAGAUCGUCCACAUACAGUGAUUCCCGAAAUAAUGCUACAGUCGAUGGCUGUUCAGACUCAUACUGUCUGAGAUGAGUUCUUAUUGUCACUGUCAACAGAAAGGGAUUAGAUGUAACUCCAAACACAACUCUGUUCAUUCUCAUGAUGCAAGGCUCCAGGUUCUCUGGUGAGGAAUCUUAGGUCCAUAAGAACCUCACAAAGUCUCUAUCCCUUUCUUUCAGUCCUAUUUGCAGAAAAUUAUUUGCAAUAUUAGCUGUGGAGGCAACUUUGUGAAGGUGGAAUUUAAUAAGCAUAUGAAGUAAGUCUGGGUUUAAGAUGGGCCUGAUAAGUAAACAAUUGUUGAGGGAGAUUGAACCCUCUUUCGUAUGAAGAAGCAUCAAACACAAUUCUCAGUUUGGUUGUUUGCUUAUCAUCUCGGAUUACUGGAUGGUGUGGCAUGUAAUACUUCACUGUGCUAGUCUGUUCUACAGUUGAUGUGUUCUUUACCUCUUCACAUAUCUCUUGCUUCAGAUAUUCUUGAAUCACAUCAUUAUCUCUCUAAUAGAGCACAUUGUCAGUUCUAAAUCUUUUCUUUAGAGUUUCAAACCUUUUUCUUGCAACGUUCCUGCUGUCUUCAAGUUCUGAAGUGUCUCUGUCAUGUUUCCAUGGCAAAUCCACUAGGUAGCAUCCACACUGUCUGUUCAAAGGUCUGUAGAGCUUCAACUUCUUCUAUACUAGGUGUUUUGUCAUGUACGAUGCAGAGAGAUUCAAUAAUGGCCAUACUAGAGCUGUAAUCAGGCCAUGAAAGUUAGACCCAACAGGACCUGAGCCUGACAGGUUUUGGCCCAAGCCUGACAAGUACAUUUUGACUGACAGCUUUUUAAAAGCCCGAACCCGUUUACAGCCCCACAUUAUUCAAAUGUGUGCACACACACAGCUCUUUUGCAAGAAUGAGUCAUUUAUAAAUGUUUUAACAUAAUUUAUUCAUAACUAACGUAGACUAGACCACUUGGAAGUUGGAAUAAAGAAAUAAAAUAAGUCUUCUGUGACAUCUUAACAUCUCGGCACUCUGAAUAGGCAUAGGCUCAUUUAGCCUAUAAAUAGACCACGCACCAAUAAAAAUGAAUCUUUUUUAAUAAAUUAAAUUAAGAUAAAUUUUUAAUUAAGAUGGGUAUUUUGCAAUAACGAAAUUAAGAUAAAGGCUCCGCCGGAUUUGCUUCGCCACUAGCAGCUGAGAUUUAGUAAAAUAAUAAUGCCAACAUUAGCGUAAAUACUCUGCUACAUUAUGCAUUUAAGACUUAGUGAAUAUUUAGUUAUCAUUUGAAAAACCUUUACUCACAGAGAUUAGGCUAAGCCUACAUGUUUUUGUGGAGGAAAAUUAUUGAAUCCAUUGUAAAUGGAUUUAGCGCGUUCCUGCACUCACUGAUGGUGCAUCAUUAACUCUUUAUUGUCAUUAUAAACAUGGUCAUAACUUUUCCACACCUCAGACUUUGCUUUAGUUGCUGGUGCAACCAAAACGUAAUCGCCAGAGCCAAGCCUCCGUUACACCUACUCAGCAUCCAUUUUCGCAUCUUUCUGGUACUAAUCGAAACACAUCACAUGACCACUCGUUUACCUUGCAAACCGGAGCGCAAGCCCGAGCCCGCGUAAGAUGAUAUAAAUUAAGCCCAAACCCGACCGAACCCGUCGGGUCCCAUCGGGUACCGUCGUGUUCGGGCAAAGAUCUUCAGCUCUAGGCCAUACAUGUGGUUUCCAUUCCACAUGAGUUUGAAACAAUACCUUGAAUGGCCCAGCCAACUUCUCACCAGCCUUUCAUGAACAAAACUUUGUUUACUACCUCCAUCUAUCAAACACCAUACAAUCUUUUUCCCUCUUGGACCCUGAGUCCAUGCUUUUUGCUGUCUGCAGCAACACUGUGUUUGAUUCUCUUGAUUUGAUAUUUACUAUACUUGAUACAGAUGAAACCACAGUGUUUGUCUUCAUGCCAUAAGUUUCUGUUCCCCCUCAAGGGAACUUCGAACUGCGUCCUCUGAAGGGACACUAUGGGGAACACCUCGUCGUGACCCGUGUCUGAAGCAUACUUUGAAAAAACGCCAACUCGUUGGCCGGCGACAGCGUCUGACGUCACUACCGGCGCGACUAUAAAUAAGCGACCGGAGAGCACGUCAUUUAUCUUCUUCGUCUUCAUUUGACUGUUUUGUUUGAAGUGUGCGUCUGAGAAACGACCACGGUAAGAGCGAUCUUUACUUUUGUUAUCAUGGCUUCCACUAGCAAGGCGUUUAGACAGUGCGUGCAUCCGUGUCAGCGUUAUUUGACACCGGAUGACACACACAGUCUUUGCGUUUUUUGUUUGGGCGAAGAGCACGCGCGCGAUGUCCUUGAGGGGGCGAUCUGCGUGCACUGUGAGCGUUUUUCCAUGAAAAAGCUCCGCUCUCGUUUGUCUCUCUUUUCGAGGAAAGAGGGACAGCCAUCUGUCUCCCGCGGCUCAGGACCCGCCGCUGUUGAGGCACGGAGGAGAAUGAGCUCGUGGGGAUCACAGGUGGACCUCGUUGAAGAGUUUAGAGAGGGACUUUCCCUUUCUCGCUCUUCGGCGGCGGACGAGAAUGAACUUCAGGAGGAAGACGUGUUAUCAUUAACCCUUUCUGAUACUGAAGUUAGUGCUCUGCUGGGUUCUACCCAGGAAGAGCAGGAGAUGUCUGAGGUUGGCGAAGAAGCUGAGGCUGAUCCUUCUCAAUCCUCCUGCCCUGCGUAUGAGGAGCUGUUAGAGGUUAUGGAUCGUGCCACAGCAAAGUUAAACUUGCCAUGGAAACGUA